UCAAAAUUUAGACACCCAGUCGAUAAAGUAUAGGCUCUUAGUAUAUCAGUUUUUGUCAGUAGCUUUUGGAAGUAAUCAUCACCCCAACCGCUAUUUUAUUUUCUGAAAGACCGUUUGUUUCCGUAGUAUCAGGAAAAUGCAAAUCAGAGUUUAGAAGAACUGAUUAAUUGUGCGUGUUUCAAGCUCCGGUAGUAUCACCUAAUACCAAUGGCGACUUCCAUGCAACAAUUUACGCUUGAGGAUUGUAAAGCCUGCCUGAGUGACCUGCUAGAGGCCUUCAAACAACCAGACAAUGCAGUACGACUAGAGGAAGCACGGGACAAUGCAGGCAAUGACAUGCUGAAGACAAUGCAGAUGUUCUUCCCUGUUGCCACACAGAUUGAGGUUGCUGUGAUUGAAAAAUAUGGCUUCCGCGGAGAUGGAGAUGGUAUUGUGCGUUUCACUCAGGCUGUCAAACACUACGAGCAGCAAGACCCCGAAGUGGCUCAGUUAAACCAGCAACUACGAACCACUCUGAUGCCCCCAGUUCAAGCCCCAACCCCCACUCAGACUAUGGCUGAGAACGGCGCCAGAUAACCCAGCAGUCGUAUCUAGAGAUGUCAGCAGCGGAGAGCUGUUGGCAUGUUGUCUCAGUACUCUCGUACUAUCCAAUAUGCAUGCUUUAAGGCAGACCAGGGUGUGAUAACCUGCAUCCUUGUUGUCAUGUCCACUAUGUUUUUUGGUAUAUUUUCUCUCUGUAGUGGACUAGGUUCCUAAAGGACAACUGCCACUCGGUCUAGUCUUUCCCCCCAGGCAUUCACCAGUCCAUAUCACGAUAAGUGUAGGUGCCAGAAGCUGACUAGGUCAAAUAAUGUAAGGUCGACGUACUAUUGUUUCAUUCACUAGGCAUUUGAUGCUGAAGAAGAGUUUGGGUUAAAUAGUUUGGAUGAAGCUGAGAGAAACUGUGUUCUUUACUCUCCACUCUCUUUGGCUCAGCAUUAAUUUAUAGGGGUUUCCUGUGGAUCAAUUACAUAUCUGGGGGAAACACUAGACAUACCAGCCUAAGCAUUUAUACAACUAUAAAGUUGUUUUCAUAUCAGUAAACCAAUUUUAGUGUGUCUUUGACAAGAUUUUAAUUUGUUCUUUUUAGUGUGCCAUUGACUUCAGUUACCAUGGUAACUUUCAUGUAACAAUGGUUCUAGCUGGAGAUGUCUUAAAUGGCAUCUGUCAAAAGUUUGCUGAACCUGUGGAAAUUAAGAGUGAAAUGUUUCCAUGACAUAAUUUCACAAGCAUCUAUAACAGUCUUGGCAUACCUGCUUUGUAUGUGAAUUGUAUGAGAGCUUGAAAGGGUAGAUAAGGACAGUGAAACACAAUGGCAAUGUGUUGUGAUUAUCAUGCUUUGAUCAUCAUUGUCCUAGAGCUACACAGUAAUUGAUGUCCUGUAAUUAGUAAUCAUUUGAUACCUCAUCUUAUUGUCUGUUUAAUGACAAGCUAGACGUAAAGUAGACAUGCUGUUGAGUGGUCUUAGAAUAUAUUUAGUAAAUGCUACCAGAACAUGUGCUCUGUUGGGCAAACCAGUUUGAAUAUUCUCCUACUCGGUGACAUUGGAUAGGAACUGAAGCUAGAGUUGAACUUAUAAUUGCAGAAUUGUUGCUAUGGUAACUGAAUAAUCCUAUUCCUGAUUGAGUUACCUUGUGCAAAGCAAAUCAGUUUUGGAUUAAAUUUGAAAUUGUCCCAUGUGUAAGAACUGAAGCUAGAUUUAACUUCUAGUAUGCUGAAUGGUUGCUACGGUAACCGAAUAUUCUAAUACUUGGUUGAAUGACAUUGUUCCAAGCAAAUCAAUUUGGGGUUUGAAUUACAUCUGAGAUAGUCUCAUGUGCAAGAACUGAAGUUAGAGUUGAAUGUCUAAUCGCUGAAUGGUUGCUAUGAUAACUGUAAUUUUAAUCAAUAGUUAUAGCUAUGCCCAACAAAUGUCAUAGGUGCUUUUUCGAUGGCUCUGCAGUUCUCAUGUAUUUUACCAUAUUAGCACUAUUGGUGCGUUUUGUAAACAUGUAUUGUUUUGUCACUAAGAUUCAGUGUUUUACAUGCAUACGUUAUUUUCCUGCAAAUAUUUCCGUCAGUAGGGACUUUUCACCCUUUUGUACUUUUGAUAAAUUAUGGAUAUGCAAGAAGAUUCAUAGCUGGAUCAUUGGAUCAUGAGCCAGAUCAUUGGGAGAAGAAGUAUGUUCAAAUUUUCGUUGUGAAAGGUGUGACAUAUUUUUCUUAUGUACAAAGUUUGAGACUGUCCUGCUUAUGCUAAUAUUAAUAUUUUCAUUACUAAACACAAGAUUUGUUAUUUUGAAUACAUUAUGGAGUGAAAUGUCACAUGAUGUCUUGAAAGCCUUGUGUGUUCGCAACAUUGUGUUACAUCUUGAGUAUCAUCUGCUGUGGUUCACAGAUUUUAUCACAUAUCUAUCGCAAUAUCACUAUUAUUCACUGGAUAUAAAACAUCUUUUUAAUUUUUCUGGGCUUUUCAAGGGAAGAAUUGAUAUAAUUUUAUUGAAUUUUAUUGACUUUCCUAACAUGACACAUCUUUAAAUAAGGGUUUUGAAUGUGUACAAUAAGUCAUUUGUCAUGUCAAUGGUGGCAGUAUUGUAAGUAGCAUUGUGUCAACUUACAUAAUGUAACAUUUAUGGGACAUGAUUGUAAUUUAUUCUUUCUCCAGUUGUCUUAUAUUUUCAGAAUCUGACUAUUCAAUGAACAAUGUUUUUCCCCAUGGCUUCUGCUGCAGUGGGAAGGUUCAGAUUACUGUAUUCCAUCUAAUAAAUGUGACAGUAUUCAUCCUC